AUGAUAUUUACUAUUAAAAGUAAUCAACUUUCUGAUCCAAAUUGUCGAUGCUUUCUAUUCGAUAGUACAAUGUAUAAAUCGGGUAUAUUUAAAACACCGAAUUAUCCAAAAAAUUAUCAGUAUGAAUUAAAUUGUUUAUUGUAUUACUUUCAUGGUUUAUCUAAUGAACUAGUGAAAAUUACAUUUACAACAUUCAAUUUAAGAAAACCUAUUGAGAAAAAGUAUCUAUCUAUAUAUAUAUAUGCUCUAUCCUUUUUAUUGUUAGAUAUGUUUACUACAAUUGAAUCAAAUAAUCAAAUGGCAAAACAUUCUAAUCUUAUGAAUAUCUCUUCAGUAAAUUAUUCUAGACCAGCAGAUUAUAGAUUAUGCGGUGAUUUAAAUGAUUUUCCACAAAAUGAUUUUUAUUCAAUUAGUUCUAUAUUAUUAUUAAUAUUUCAUACAGCAUCUAAAAUUCCUGGUAUCAAAUAUCAUCAACAAAUGGGAUUUAUUGGUCAAUUUACAUUUGAUUUAAAAAGUAAUUAUCAAAAUAAUGGAAAACAUAAAGAAAAUACAUUUUGUGAUUAUGAAUUUUAUUAUAAUAAUACAAUUAAAUAUGGAAAUUUUUUCUCACCAUUUUAUCCAAGUAAUUAUCCACCAAAUAUUAAAUGUCGAUUCAUUUUUAUAGCAGAUAAUAAUCAACGAAUUCUAUUAACAUUUCAUUCAAUUCGAUUAAAAUCAAUGACAAAUGAAGAUAAUAUAAGUAAUAUAGAAAGAUGCAGUACAAGAAACUCUAUACCUGUGCAAAAUGAUUUUAUUUCCAUAUCUGAGAUGUACAAGAAUAAAUCGAGAACAUUGGCAUAUCUUUGUACUAACCUAGUGAAUAUACAACUUGUUUCACAUACUUCUAUAUUAAAAUUGGAUUUUAUCAGUCGUAGUCCUUUCUAUCAAGGUCAAGGUUUUCAUGGAACUUAUGAAUUUGUUCAUGAAUCUCAAGUUUUACCUUCUCCAUUUCUUGAAGAAGAUGAUCAACUAGUUGAAACUAAUGAACAUGAAGAAAAAUAUCAAAAUUCUAGAAAUAAUCAAGAUAAACUAGAAAAUUUGUCAAAUACCAAUAAGUCCAGACUAUUUUUUGCUGAUGCCGGAUUUACAUCCACAAGAAAUAUACAAUUUCACGAAGAUGAAUAUUCAUCGGAUCCAGAUUUUAUGAACUUUCAUUAUUCUAAUCAAUUCAAUAAUGAAAUGAAAUCAAAAUAUGUACAAAGAAAAUUAAUUGUUUCAAAAGGUCCAGUAAAUCGUACACAAGGUAUAAUUCAUUCACCUCAAUACCCGGAACCUUAUCCACCUUCAAUUAUAGCAAUGUAUACUUUUAUAGGCCAGCCUACAGAGAUAAUUUUAGUGAAAUUUUUAUUUUUAGAACUUGGAAAUUCAAAUAACUGUGAAAAUGAAAAUCAAUCAUUAGGUGAUCGUAUUCAAUUAAUCGAUGGAAUACAUAUUGAUGAUCCAUUAAUUAUAGAAUAUUGUCAAAAUAAAAUUAUAACCAAUAAUCAACAAAAUUUGUAUACAACAAUUAAACCUGAAUAUUUUAUUUCAUCAAAGAAUUUAAUGGUAUUAAUAUUUAAAAGUGACCAUAUAACUGAACCAAAUGAAUUAGGUUUUAAAUUAUUUUAUAGUUUUGAACUAAAAGAUCAAAAUUAUAUAAAACAUACUUAUAAAGAAGAAAAAGAAAGAAAAGAAAAAGAAGAAAAAGAAAAAGGAAAAAAAGAAAACUAUUUAACGAUAACUAAUCAAAAUGGAAUUAUUCAAAAUAAACCGGUUAAUUGUUCAAAGUUUACACUUAUCACUGAAAUUAGUUUAAUUCUGCCUAUAAUCAUAUGUUUCCAAUUGAAUGAAAACAGAUAACGUAGUGAAUCAUGGAUAUGUUUCUAAUACAUCUGGUGAAACUAGGUUAUUAUACAGGUCACCAUAACAACCAGAAACAAGAAGAUUUUAAUAAAUAAUUAUAUAUAUUUACAUAUUUAUAUGCUUGAUCUUUUGACUAUGAAACAAUGGUGACUUUUCUAUUUACUCUUUCAUUCAAUCUAUAAAAUUCGUUAAAAUUCUAGAUGAGCGUCAUUCAUCUCCCCCCUCUUUCUCUCUCUCUCUCUCUCUCUCUCUCUCUCUCUAU